AAAGUCUGAUUCUGAUUAGUGACCAGCGAGUCCCAAGUUCUAAUUAAUCCCCAACCUUUCCUAGUCUGAUUUGGAUAAAAACGAGGAAAUAGUAUGAUGAAAUCAACAAGUGUUGCCUCUGAUGGAAUAGUUCAUCAAGUACUCACCAAAGACAACUAUGAAAGAUGGAAAAUUGUUAUGCAAAAUUAUCUGCAGGGGCAAGGUCUAUGGGACGUUGUCAUCCAAAAUGCUGACACUCGUACUGAUCAGGUUUCCAAGAAGAUGAAGGAUGGACAGCAAGCUUUACACUUCUUUCAACUAUCAUCUUGUAAACGAGAUUUUCUUGAAACAGUAAAAAAAUCAGGCUGGAAUAACUUCACCAACCAAAAUGGCCCAGAUUCAAGAGCUACCCCAGAUUUGGAGCAAGGGCAAGGCCUUUUAGGCGUUAUCCAGACUGUUUCAGAAUUUGAAACUGAUGCUUCAUGGAAAAUAAAGGAUGUGAAAGCUUUGCAUAUCAUUCAACUAUCAUGUGGACGAGAGAUUGCUGAUGAGAUUAGUCAUUUUAAAACAGCCAAAAGCGCCUGGAAUCAUUUAGGCUCAUUAUAUGGCAAAGAUUUAACAGCCGGUGCAGAUCAUGAACAAGAUGUGGAUCAUAUCCACUCUCCGAAGAAUAAAGAAUUGUUCUGGAAGGUGAUGAGAGGUACGCCUAUUGGAAAUAUCGGUAUGGACUCGGAUGUAUAUAUGACAUCGGCUUCCAGGUCUUCGCUACUUCACGCAGCAGUGAUUGCUGGAAAUGUGGAAAAUGUGGAAUUGUUGGUGAAAGUAGGGAAAGAUAAGUUAAUAUGCAUGCAAGACGAACACGGUGACACAGCUCUUGCUCUUGUUGCACGCUAUACUGGAAAUACUGAUAUAGCAAAGUGCAUGGUAGAGGAAAUAAAGGGACUCUCAGAAACGUUGCUAGAAAAGGAGAACAAUGACAAUGUAAUCCCUAUUCUUCUAGCUGCUGCUAAUGGACACAAGGAGUUGACUUCUUAUCUUUACUCGAAAACCCCCCCAAAUCCAAAGUGUUCGACAAAUGUGGCUUUGAGAUUACUCAGGCGUUUCAAUGAUCUGCCCGAGCAAUCAUUAUCAGUAUAUAACUUUUCCGUCCCUACGUUGUUAAGGGAAUCAUUAUCACUACCUAGCAAAAUCUCAGAAUCAGAUCCUCUCCAGCAAUCCUUACCUGAUAAAUUCUCGGCCUUAGUUGCAAUUGCUAAAAUGCCUACAUCUUUUCCAAGUGGCACCCGUUCGGGAUUUCUAGGCCAAAUUAUUUAUGAAAAUUUGAGCGUGGAAAGGAGUUUCAACAUUGAGUAUGAUAUUCCCGAAAUUGGGAACUUCGUCCGAAAGGUAACAUGUGUUGCUGAUGCUGCUAAUGAAAGACCACAAAAGAUUUCUUCCGCAGUUCAUUGUGGCAUAGGCAGAAAGGUUUUGAAUUUCGUUGUUCUAAUAAUGCUUUCGGGUUGGCGCUUCUGCAAACUGCUGGUAUCGAUAUUUCUCUUUUGGCCAGUAAAGCUUUUGGGUCGACUACUUUGUAAGAUAUUCCAUGGAGUUGCAUAUUUGUUGGUUCAAGUUUUCCAUUACCUAGAUAUAAAUGGAAUCCGGAAAAUAUAUGAUCAAAAAUAUACACAUUAUGAAGUUAUAGGAAUAUUGAGUUACUUCUGCCGAAGUGUUGGAAAAUUUAAUAGUUCAAAGCUCAAAGAGGCUUCCGCGUAUGAAGCAAUGUUGCAUGCAUCCCAACAUGGAAUAAUCGAGUUCAUAAAUGCCAUGAGGGACGCUAAUCCUAAUUUUCUUUCAGCCGUCGAUAGCUGCCAUAGAGGCAUAUUUUCGUAUGCAAUCUUGCAUCGCAAACAAAAUGUGUUUCAACUCAUACAUUCUGUCAAUGGACGAAAGGAGAUACUUAGACAUCGUAUAGACUCAUUUGGCAAUAACUUGUUGCACCUGGCAGCACAUUUAGGUCCUUCAUCUGAUCGUCAUAGCAGAUCCGGUGCUGCUCUGCAAAUGCAAAGAGAAAUUCAAUGGUUUAAGGCGGUUGAGAAAGUUUUGCAUCCCAAGUUUAAGGAAGCCGAAAAUGAUGAUGGUAAGAAGCCUUAUGAGAUAUUCAUUGAAAGCCACGAGGAGCUAGUGAAAGAAGGAGAGAAAUGGGCAAAAGACACAGCAACAUCUUAUACAAUUGUGGGAACACUCAUCACUACCAUCAUGUUUGCUGCAGCCUUUACGGUCCCAGGUGGAAAUGACGACAAAACUGGUUUGCCCAUCUUCUUACAUGACAACAUAUUCACUGCAUUUCUCAUGGCAGACGCAGUAUCUCUCUUCGCAUCUGCAACUUCCGUCUUGAUUUUCAUUGGAAUACUCACAUCGCGUUAUGCUGAGAAGGACUUUCUCAAGAGCUUGCCUUGGAAGUUAUUGUUCGGUCUUUUGCUCCUUUUUCUCUCUGUUUGUUCCAUGAUAGUUGCAUUUAGCGCAGCCAUUAUUGACAUGAUCUUAAAGGGAUAUGAAACCCAUAAGUGGUUCAUUGUAGUACCAAUCAUGGCACUUGGCAGUAUUCCGAUUAUUGUGCUCGUAAUAUCACAGGUAAGCUUCAUGUAUGAAAUCUUCCGCUCAACAUGGAAAAAUCCCAUUCGUUCAAUAAACAAAUGACAACAGUAAUAUGUAUGCUUUAAAGUUCAAACGAUUCAUACUUGCUUCUAUAAAAGGUAAAUAUUACUCAUGAGAAUGAUAGAGAUUCUAUCAAUUGCAGAAAAAUUUAGAUUCUUUCCUUCCAUUGUUUCAUGAAUCUGUAAUAAUUUAUUAAAAGAAAGAAUAAUUUUGUACUUCUCAUUGUAUAUUCCCCUGUUUUUUUUAGCAAAAAAAUAUUGCAUACUAUGCUGGUUUGACACCCUAAAGACCAAGAGAUAUGGGGAAUGUGGCAUCCAUUUCAGCAAUCAAUAAGAAAAAUCACUUUGGAUAA